AGCUGCUUCAACCCCUUCUUUCUUCCUGUGCAGCAGAGCAUAGUUCAAGCAUCUUUUUUUUUUUUCUCUCUGUAAGAUAUGAACUUCUUCAUCUGUUUGACCUAAUUUUUCACCAUUUUCUCAAUGUGUUCUAAGAGGCCCGUAUCGAGAUUCCUCGCCUCUUUUCCUGUAAACACUGAUGAUCUUCAACUCGCUCAUAACAUAACCAAAAACCUUCUCAACUCCACCCAUUUCAAACCUCACUCUGCGAUCCCAUGCAUCGCACCUCAAGUCACUUACUAUGUUCUCUCAGACCCAUCUCUUCCUCCUCGCUCCUGCUUAUCCUUCUUCCACUUCCUGGCAACACAAAACCCCCAAAAACCAGACCUCAAAGCCCACCUGAUCCUCCUCUAUAGGCUCUUUUCAGCAAAACAAUUUGCAUCAACGAGAACCCUUUUGAAUUCCCUUGUCACCAAUGUGGAAAUCAAGCACCCUGUUCGUGAGUUUGUUUCUCUAGUUGAUGAAUGUGAGUCUCAAUUUGGAAGUGAAAGUGAGAGUGAGUCAUAUUUUGUUGAGAAACUAUGUGACAUGUUGUUCAGGGUGUGUGCUGAUAACAGGAUGUUUAGAGAGGCUAUUUGGGUGUUUGAUUAUGUGAUGGCAAAGGGGUUGGCGAUAGAGGUUAGGUCUUGCUUUGUGCUUUUGCUUGCUUUGAAGAGAUGUAAAGAGGUGGAGUUCUGUGUGACGUUCUUUCAUCGGAUGGUGGAAUGUGGCCGCAUUGAUGUUGGGGUUCAGUCUUUGACUCUUGUGGUUGAUGUGUUAUGUAGGAGAGGAGAGAUCAAUAGGGGUAAGAAGUUGAUGAAGGAGAUGGCUGAGAGAGGCAUUGUGAGGCCGACUGUUUUUACUUAUAAUACAUUGUUGAAUGCUUGUGUUGUGAGGAAAGAUCGAAAGGGGGUUGAGGAGAUACUGGGGUUAAUGGAGAGUGAGGGAGUGCUGGCUUGUUUGACGACUUACACUAUUUUGAUUGAGUGGUAUGCGAGUUCCGGGAGAAUUGGGGAGGCUGAGAAGGUGUUUGAGGAAAUGCGUGAGAGGAACAUGCAGAUGGAUGUUUAUGUGUACACGUCGAUGAUAAGUUGGAAUUGUAGGGCGGGAAAUGUUAGAAGGGCGUUGACUUUGUUUGAUGAGAUGAUUUUGAAAGGCAUUGUUCCAAAUACUCAUGCUUACGGGGCGAUGAUUAGCGGAAUGUGCAAGGCGGGGCAAAUGGAGGCUGCAGAAAUCUUGUUGGAAGAGAUGCAGACUAAGGGGCUUGAUCUGAAUGUGGUGAUAUUUAACACGAUGAUGGAUGGUUAUUGUAAAAGAGGGAUGAUGGAAGAAGCUUUCAGGCUGCAAGUUAUCAUGGAAAGGAAGGGAUUUGAAGCCGAUGUGUUUACAUACAGCACUCUUGCUAGUGGGCUAUGUAAAUUGCACAGGUAUGAAGAAGCCAAGAGGACCCUAAAUUUGAUGGUGGAGAAAGGAGUGACUCCGAACGUUGUUACUUGCACUACUUUAAUUGAGAUAUAUUGUAAGGAAGGAAACCUUGCAGAAGCUGAGAGGAUCUUAGGGAAUAUGGAUAAAGAGAGAAUGGUGCCUAAUAUUGUUACAUAUAAUACUCUAAUAGAUGCAUAUAGCAAGAAAGAAAAAAUAAAGCAAGCUCAUGUGUUAAAAUCUGAAAUGAUAGGGAAGGGGAUAGUGCCAGAUGUAUUUACAUACACAUCACUGAUACAUGGGGAAUGUAUAGUUAACAGGGUAGACGAGGCUCUGAAGCUUUUCAGUGAAAUGUUGGUAAAGGGCAUAAGAGGAAGCGUAAAGACAUAUACAGCAAUUAUUUAUGGUUUAUCCAAGGAAGGGAGAUCAGAUGAAGCUUUUAAGUUUUAUGAUGAGAUGAUGAGAAAGGGUCUAGCACCUGAUGAUAGAGUUUGUGCUGCACUUGUUGGUAGUCUUCAUAAAGUCAGUUCUCAUGUUGCUGCGAAACAAAAUGAGUGGUGCACGGAAAAUAGACUCUCCUGAUGCCUCGAGCUGGCAAACUCUAGUUUGUCAAUUUCACGUGUGGAGGUGGCUCGUACAUUAUGAUUUUGUUCUUGAAGCCUGUAUGAAAAAAAAACAUCUUCCACAACACAAUACCAAAUUAGAGCUUGGAAACUGGUACACUAUUGAUGAAUUAUACAUACCCUAUGAUGGUGAUUAGAGACUUUGCUGGAGUAUUUCACAGAAGUGGGAGUUGGUCAGAUUUGUUCAAAGAAGUAACGAAAGUCCUUCGUGAUGAAUUCCUUUCCUCCAAUAAACAAUCAGAUGUUCGACGGAGACUUUCAAUAAAGUUAUCAUGCACAGCUACACCCCAGUUAUAUUUGUCAAUCAUUCCUAGAUCAUCUACAACUUAAACAAUCCCUACGAAACAAUACAACUUGUGUUUGGAAAAUACAGCUCAUUUAAUGCAAGAAGAAUGUACAACUUACAAAAUUCCUCUACAUCAUCUGUACUACGAAGUUCAUCACCUUUGUGAACAAUAUCAUCUAACCGAACAACAGUUAACUUCUUUAGGGAAGCCUAAGUCUUUGGGUGCCAGUGAAAAGAAUUGGGGACAACCUAGCUACACGUGACAAGCAAUUGGCAGUGGAGGCUGAAGAAGCAAUUGGAUGCAGGAGCUGAAUUUGUCCAAGAAGCUAAGAAUUAAGAGGAGUCAGAUGCUGCCCAUCUGAAAAAAGGCCUUUUGGAAGAAGUUAAUUGGCCAUUUUGCUUCAUUAUAUGCUUAUAUGCAUUAGGUAGUUAUUUUAGAAGAGCUAAGAAGAUUACUUGCUGUUCAGGUUAUUUGUAAUCAUACUUAGGAAAGUUUAGUUAGUUAAUAGUAAUUAGUUUACUUGCAUUUUCCAGCCAUGAAUUGUUUAGGAGUUGAGUGGCCUAUAAAAGGGCUGAUACGUAACACCAUUGACACCGACCACCUCAUUACACCACACUGGCUCCAUUCACAACUACUGAACCAUUUUUUCACAUUCUAUCUACACAUUUUCACUGAGCCUGAACAGGCACUUUUCUCUUUUCUCUUUUCUCUGUUUGGAUUCAAGAUUCACGCACCUUGAAGCCUGGUUUCAGUGACUUUUACCGUUCUGUGCAGUUUUAAUUCUCUGUAAUUGAUUUUUAUUCAAUGCAAUUUUUACAUUUCAGCCAUUACUUUCAA